AUUCAUGAUGACAUUAGUCUUUUCUCCAUAUAUAUAAGUAGCCUACUGUAUACUAUAGGCCUAUAUAAUAUUCCUAUGAAACUCCUAUAGCAGCUUCUAUAUCGCUUAAUGUCUAAUUUCCAUAAGGAUUCUUUUCAUUCGCCUCCUGCAUGAUGUCAGCAGGUUCAAAUGAUACAGUAGUUUUGCCCUGGGAGUAGGCCUAUACUGCGCCUCAGAUAUGGACGGCUGCCCGGCUUCACUGUUCGUCAUCGCGUUUUUUCCAGCGUCCUCCUGCGUAUGCAUGUAUGCGACCGACGGGCUGAUUUCAUAACGUGGGGAGGAAGAGAGGAAUGGAGCUUUGAGAACGGAUGAGCACCAGACCCGGUAGGCUCUAUGCACCAACAGUGUUAUCUCCAUUCCCGGGCCAUGCAGACGGUGCACUAGAUGAGAUGCGGUAGUGGAGGCUGCUGAUGCUGCUGUACGAUCAGCUGUUUUUUGUGUCUUGAGCAUCAUCGCCGUGACGGCCAAAGAGAUCGAGAUCAAGCUCCGGAGCCAGGUACACCGCAGACCGGAUAACAGAGGAUGGAGUUUAAGCAUCUGGUGGAGGCGGCGGAGAAGUGGUGCUCCGGCUCCAGUAACCCAUUCGACCUCAUCUUCGCCGAGGAGGACGACGAGAGGCGGCUGGACUUUUACGCAGAGCCCGGCGUCUCCUUCUACGUGCUGUGUCCCAGCGGCACCGACAAUUUCCAUGUGUGGAGCGAGAGUGAAGACUGCCUUCCCUUCCUACAACUGGCACAGGACUACAUCUCCUCCUGCGGGAAGAAGACUCUGUUGGAGGUCCUGGAGAAGGUCUUCACGUCCUUCAGGCCUCUGCUGGGUCUUCCAGACAUAGAAGACGACAGUUUUGAGCAUUACCACGCUGACAUGGAGGGGGAACCAGGGCCCGACCACCAGCAGAUGGGGGUCAGCCAGCAGUGAUGAGCCCCAAGAUGAGGCCUGCAGCUGGGGCAGAGCUGCUCUGAAGCUCUGGGCCUCAACUCAUCCGCCCAAACACUUAACAACACACUCUUAUCCAAACACACACACACACACACACACACACACACACACACACACACACACACACACACACACACACACACACACAUACUUACAGUCAAUUUGCUAAAAAUGCACCACCAUGUUCUUGAAUGUCUCAGUUGCUUUGCUUCCCAAAGAGUGCACUCUGACCCCCUAACCAACCAAACACACUCAAACACACACACACACACAUUGGGGCUACGUGAGCUGUAGCCGUACAAUGCAAGUAUCAUAAUCAUUCACCAUCUGGUUAGUCAGUUAGUUAAAGUUCCCCAGCACAGCAAUAUUACAUCGGCCUCAGCUGGCUUUGUUAUGCAGAAGUACAGUCAGAUGUGACCACAAUACACACAUUUCCCCUGUUGAUUUGGAGAUGAAUGUGACGGCUAACCUACUUUCUCUGCCUGUCUGUUGACACAGAGGAUACACGAGAGCUAGAUGAAAGAUGAAUGGGUGAAAACUGACAGUUUGUGGUUGCGUGAGGCAACCGGAGUGACGCAGAUAAAGAGAGGGGAGGAAGGAGGGAAGAGCGGUAUAAUUUUCCACUUCAUGGAUGGAAAGAUGGAGGGAAGUGAGGCGUGAGGAUGUAUAGUUGUGACGUAGAUUCAGGUGGGAUAGCUCUCAAACUAUCCUGUUUUAAACAGUUAAAGUAGUCGUAUAGGUUUCAGUCAAAAGCAUUUUACACAUUGGCUCCUCGUGUGGAAAUCAAAGUGUGCAGCUUCACAGUAGCAUGGAUCAUCUCUUGAGGUGUGUCUCUUAAUGUUUCCAAGGCAGUACACCUCAAACGAGUUUAAAGCCACUUUAUGAGGAUGUUUUUAAUCAAGGUUAGGCUAAUAUCAUAUGACCAUCACAACAAAGGCCCAUUUGGUUUGGGUGUCUCAUUGUCUCUUGACACCCUUAUUCUUCUGCCCUGUAGUCUUCCUUCCUGGUUGUUCCUGGUGGUUCACAGUUUGCCCUCCUUUCUCAGCACAACCUGAUGAGAUACCUUCCCAAAGCUAGCCAAAACCUCUUUUGCGUGUGUUGUUUUGAGUUUAUCAGCUUCUUUCAAGGUUUCUCUUAACCAUAAAUUUAACAAGUGCACACCCAAAUCCCUGAGUGAUAUCACAGGGAAGAGAAAAUAUUUGUUGACAGCCACCCUCUGCCUACCCUGUUAUCUCUAAUCUCACAGUGUGUUGUUGUAUGCCACAUCCAGCGCACUGCAAUGCUUCAGGCCCCCGCCGCCUUCAACCACUCGAUCCACAUGCAAGACUGUUUCAGAGGUUCAUCUUUAGCUUGUUUACUUUGGCUUGUAAAUGUUUGUCUUUUUAUUGCCUAUUUGAAUGUGUAUCUUCUGUUUGUCCUCCGAUGUGUGUGAAAUUGUUCAAUAAACCUGUGUUCCACAGGCGUA